UGCUCACCAAAAAUUAAUCAACUUUGUAUUCAAGUAUUCGUCUAAGGUUUAACUCUAGCGGAUUACUAUCGACUUAUUGACAACCAAAACCAAGUCAGUUUAGCUGGUUUAAUGGAUCUUACUGGAAGUCGUGUUUCUAUGAAAAUUUGAAAGAGAUGUUAUUCCUGAGUGUUCCGAAGGGCUGACAGGAGGUGUGAACUCGAUGUUUACAUCAAUUUUUGUGGACUAACCUUUUUGACAUAAAUUAAACAUUAGUACUGAAUGCAUCGUAUUAUUGUUGAGUGUUGGUGACUGUUCUUUGUUUUUGUGAAUCAACUAGUAAUAUUCGUUUUUGGAAUUAUUAUUUGCUGAUAUAAUCUAAUCUGGAUUUAUAAAUGGGAAAGUGACAUCUUUCGAAAAAUCAUAACUGGGAGAUAAUGUAAAAAGAGAUGGCUCGACGUCGGAAACAACGCAUCAAACCGACUCAUUGAUGCAGCGAAAGCCAACAAUCACCAUGGAUCACAGCGUCAAAGCCAUGACCUCCCCACGGGUUUUGUCUCGUGUGGUGGAUCCCCACAGGUUCGAGAACGAUGAAUUGGAACAGCUCUACCAACGCUACAUCUGUAAACUUCAGCAUUCCAGCGUUGCCGCUGUAGUUGGUCUCUUCGUCAUCCUUACCGCAAUCUUGGCCAACCUCAGUUUUUUCUACCAUCAAACAGCAACAGCCCAAAACGUUUAUCAUGUCGCACAUUGUAUUCUCUUUGCGCUGUUGCUAGGAUUCUUGCACACGAGGUUCAUGCAAGACAAUUACCUUCUCUGGGUCUGCUACGUGGUGCUGUUUUUCCUGGCGACGUUUUGCGCGUUAGCCCUGCCGAUUUUACCGGCCGAGUUGACUGCAAAGGUAGCCGCUGAGGGGACAUGGCAGGUUGUUUUUGUUAUAUUUCUGGCGUACUCAAUGAUGCCACUGAAGAGUUGGAUAACAGCCCUUUUCGGACUCAUAUUAUGCGGGGCGCAUUUUGCAGUUGUUGCAAUCUUCAGUCAGGAUUUUCAACAAUUGAUGUGGCAACAGUUGUGUGCUAAUCUUGUGGUAUUCAUUUGCGUUAAUGUUAUCGGCAUUUUCAUUCACAAUCUAAUGGAGCAUGCCCAAAGGAAGGCUUUUCUGGAUACUCGGAAUUGUAUAGCUGCCAGAUUGGAAAUGGAAGAUGAGAAUGAAAAAUUGGAACGGUUAUUGUUGUCCGUACUGCCGCAGCAUGUCGCCAUGGAAAUGAAAAAUGAUAUCAUCUCGCCGGUCGAAGGCCAAUUCCAUAAAAUCUACAUCCAGAAGCACGAAAAUGUCAGCAUACUUUUUGCGGAUAUCGUCGGAUUCACUGUGUUGGCUUCACAAUGUACUGCCCAGGAGUUGGUUAGGUUACUCAAUGAACUUUUUGGAAGAUUCGAUCAAUUGGCAAACGAUAACCAUUGCCUUAGAAUCAAAAUUCUAGGUGAUUGCUACUACUGUGUAUCAGGACUACCAGAACCAAGAUCUGAUCAUGCACACUGUACAGUAGAAAUGGGCUUGGAUAUGAUCGAUGCUAUAGCAAGCGUUGUUGAGGCUACUGAUGUUCAAUUGAAUAUGAGAGUGGGAAUACAUUCCGGUAGGGUAUUGUGUGGUGUACUUGGAUUGAGGAAAUGGCAAUACGAUGUAUGGUCAAAUGACGUAACACUUGCUAACAAUAUGGAAGCUGGCGGAGAACCUGGGAGGGUCCAUAUAACUCAGUCCACCCUUGAUUAUUUAAAUGGCGAAUAUGAAGUCGAACCUGGUAAUGGCGCCUCUAGGAAUCAAUAUUUGAGGGAUCAUUGUGUAACAACAUAUUUCAUUGUACCACCAGCGAGACGGAGAAAGCCACUCUUGUUCAACACACUGCAGGUGCGAUCGGCUCUUGGCGCGGCUCAGAGACGCAAGCUCAGCUUCAAGAACGUAUCGAACGUUGUGGUCCAGCUGCUUCACUCCAUCAAGUAUUCCAUGGAGGUACCUUUCUCCAACAUGGCCAUCCAGCCGGACCCCAAGGCAACGAACUCACGAAAGGUACAGGAACUGCAGAGGGUACUCCAUGCAGAAAUAUCUACCCCCGCAACAGACCUGUGCCUUCCAAAUGUGUCAGAGACCAAUACGAAGGUGACUGAGAGGUGUAAAAGGCCUUUUACAAAAAGACAUUCCACAGUGUAUCAUCAAACAUCAAAUAGGGUGAACAAAUACUUAUCACAAGCAAUAGACGCAAGGAGUGUUGAUAGGGAAAAAACUGUUCAUGUCAAUCUAUUUACAUUGUGCUUCAAAGACCCGAAUAAAGAAAAACAGUACAGAGGUGAUUUAGAUGUAGGAUACAGUUCAUCAUUAGCUUGUGCGUUAGUACUUUUGAUACUACUAGGAACCCUUCAAGCAAUGAUACUGCCAAGAACUGUUAUUCUUCUACUGUUAUUUUUGACGUCCUUCAUCUGGAUAUCAGUGGUUCUUAUGUUACUGUUGGCAGUUCGUCUAAGGUGGAUCAUAUGGGAUAUAUCACAUAGUUUCGUACUCAGAUUGGCAAUAACAGUUUUUACUAUAGUUUUGAUAUAUACAGUAGCUCAAGUCAAUGUGUUCACUUGCCGAUAUGAAGAACUAACGAAAUGUAGUAAAAACUUAACUACAUCCAAUGAAGUAUUUGAUAGUGAUCACAGAGCUUGUCCAUUACCACAGUAUAUCGUUUUGUCUUGUGCCGUUGGGUACUUGGCUGUUGCAGUUUUUUUGAGGCUUCCUAUAGUACUCAAAGCUUCCUUACUCUUGAUGAUGACAACUGGAUAUAUUCUCCUGAUUGAAUAUUCACAUGUGGAACUUUUUUUGUGUUAUGAUAAGAGAAUCAGUUAUCUAGGUCCUGUGAUACCUCUACAUGUGAUGAGUGUAGUACAAGUGAUAAUGUUUGUACUAGCUGUCCUUCUUCAUGGACGUCAAGUGGAGUGGACAGCUCGAUUGGACUUCUUAUGGCAGGUUCAAGCUAAUGAAGAGAAACGAGAAAUGGAUGCACUACAACAUUCCAAUAAAAGAAUUUUAUUUAAUUUGUUACCGGCCCAUGUUGCUGCGCAUUUCUUGGAUAAUCAAUUCAGGAGCAAUAUGAAUACUUUAUCACAGGAACUCUACUACCAAAGUUAUUCGAGAGUCGGUGUUGUUUUUGCCUCCAUUACCAACUAUCAUGAAUUUUAUACAGAAUUAGAUGGCAACAAUCAAGGAGUCGAAUGCUUGCGACUACUCAAUGAAAUUAUAGCCGAUUUCGAUGAUCUACUGAAUGAGGAAAGGUUCAAGGCCAUCGAUAAGAUAAAAACAGUAGGUUCGACGUAUAUGGCAGCUGUUGGUUUGAUGCCCGAUCAGAGGAUAUUGGAUGAUGAUGAAAACACAGCAGGCAUUCACCUCAGUACUUUAGUGGAAUUCGUAUUUGCUAUGAGAGAUAGAUUGCUGAAUAUAAAUGAGAAUUCCUAUAACAAUUUCAUGUUGAGAGUCGGAAUCAAUGUGGGACCUGUGGUUGCUGGUGUUAUAGGAGCACGCAAGCCCCAGUAUGACAUAUGGGGCAAUACAGUUAAUGUUGCUAGUCGAAUGGAUUCAACUGGUUUACCCAAUCAUACUCAAGUCACAGAAGAAGUAUAUCAGGUUUUGAAAUCAUAUCCCUAUGAAUUUCAGUGUCGUGGAAAAGUCAAAGUAAAAGGCAAAGGAGAUAUGACUACAUAUUUUCUGAUAGAUAGGAAGCAGCCUGGAACAUUGAGGAUUGAGGAAUUGAAUAAUGUAAGGACCAGUGAAGCCACAACAAGCAUGAAUGCUAUGUAUUGUGGAGUGGCAACACCCUUAGCACUUCUACAUCACGCAGAGCAGAGUACUAGUAGUAGACCGUCUGUAACGAAUAGGACAUAUCCAAAAGAGGAUAACUACAAUAAUAGUUUGAGAAGUGCCAUACGUCUACCUCCCCUCAAACAAUCUGUACAAAGAGAUAAAUUGCAUGGAAAUAAUGGCUGUGAACAUGAACCCUUGUUACCUUCUCUCUCUUGUAAAACCAGAAAUGGCAAGCAUAUUUCUCAAGAUGAUAAUGCUCCCCCUCCUCCUUUACCACCACAUAAAACUAAUUACCACCCAUCAUCAAUGCAGCAGAAUACUCAGGACUCAAGGUAUACUCCACCUUGGCCAAGGGUACCAAAUCCUUAUGCAGUUUUGAAUAUUCAACCAGUAAAUGAUAUGAAACCCUACUUGAAACCACUUCCAAAAUCUCCUGGAAAAAAUUCUUCAAACAGAUAUCACAGAAAAAAUUUCGAUCUCGAAGUUACGCCCAAUCAACAACAAAAUCAAAUUUUCAAAUCAAAUAUUUCUUAUUCUCCACAGUCUUCAUUUACUGAGCAAACUCCUGAACAUCCUCGAAAAAAGCUUCAAAUGAACCAUACUUCAGAGAAUCAAAAAAAGAACCUUUCUAACUCUAGGAGUAGUCCACAUCAUCAAAGACGAAAUAGUCCAUUGCAAAGACAUUAUUCAGACGAAAGUCUUGGGGGAGGGUUUACAACAAGCCCUUCUCGAAGAAUUCACUCUUCUGCUGAUGAAAUCAGCAGUUUGAACCAUUCCCCAAGUAUCAGUAGUUCGGAUGAGAGCUAUAGUAGAACGACAGAUGCUGAUGUUUCACCAUGUGUAUCGCCGCCUUUGAUGACAGAUACUCAGCAAUUCUUAUUUCCUUCAGAUAUUCAAGUUAAUCCGUGCUCUUCUCCAGAGGUCUCUCCUGAGGCAGCUUUGAACUAUAUGGCUCCAAAUUGUUCCUUGAAAAAUAUAUCUGCCGAAAAAAAGAUCUCUAAGCUUAAUAAUUUGCCGCCCAAUGCUGUGCUAGCAAUAGCUGCAAACUGCAAUACUGUAGAUUCAACGACACUUUCCCUUAUGAAUGAAGGAGAAACUUAUAAAGGAGACAGUUGUGCAAGUUUCGAAUUUUUAACCAAAUCUGUAUCACAUAAGCCACAUAGUUCUUUACUUCGGGCGAUAAGUGCUAAUGGUGCUGGAGUCAGAAAUCACAAACAAAAAAAUUCUGAGAAAAGAAUUAGAAAUGAUAGUGACUCCAUAUUGGAAUGCAACAAACAAUUUUCAACUCAUCAGUGUGUUAUGAAAGAAGCUGAAGAAAUUAGUCAAUUAAUAAAAGAAGAUAACCUCAAAGUGACCUCUCCUCGAAAUGGCAAGAAAGAUAACUGUUGUCAAACCGAAAAAGAAAACAUGAAACGAUCUCCAAAAGAAAAUAAAAAGGAAAAUGAUGAUAAUUUAGCUAGUCCAUUUGAACGUGAAAUACAAAAAAUGUUGGAUGAGCAGAAUCUUCUGCAGAAUAUACCGCCAAAAAUCGAGUUGGAUUCUAGAAAUAAGGAUAUUGUUUUGGAGCCGUUAGUAAGGUAUGCCCCCUCCAAUAAUAACAACCAUCAGGUGGGGCUCGCAGCUAUACAGGCUCUAGCAUUAGGCCUAAGGGUGAACUCGCCAAACUCCUGUACUAUGAAUUGCGUUUCUCCUACAAGAGCAAGCAGCAAAGAAGGUUCUCUUAAGAGGGGCGCAUCACCUGGGCCUUCUGAAUGUGUUAAACAGCCAAAAGUGUCGUCUCUUGACAGGUAUUUUGCGUCUUUGGAUAUCUUGAAUAAGAACACAGACUCGUCUUAUCUGAAAAACAGAAUACCGAAAGCAAACCCAGAUAUUGGUGCCUGUGAUAUAUUGGAAUUCAACAGAAUAGAUGAAGAGACUGAUGAUAUCGAAAGUUUUGAAAGAGAGGAAAAACGAAUGGAGCAAGAAGUUAGUAGGCAUGUUGAUGAGAAAUUGGAAGCAGAAAUAAAAAAACUUCUUGAGGAAAAAGUACAACAAAAACUCAGGAAUAUUGGAAAUGGUAUUGCUAAAAGAGAAAAAGAAACUUAUACAGAAGGUAGUCAGUCAGAAUGGAGUGAAGACGAAGAAGCUGGUGCUUCAGAACCUCUUCUGAAUGAUAGAGAGUCCACAGGUUAUACAACUGACGAUCCUGCUCUAGAGAACAUUUCUAUGUUGAAUGAAACUGGUCUCACAGAUGCUGAAGCUCAACAUUCUUCUGGUACCAAAGAUAUAAGGAGCCCUGAGUGAUGUUAAUUCUGCAUACAACGAUCACAACCAUGAAUGUGAUCUUGAUGACAACACCUCUAUGUCUUCAAGAGCUUCAUCCCGUAUAUUUGAUUCAGAUGCUAUGAUGUCACUAGACUCCCUCAGCGCCCUCUAUGAUUCAGAAUAUGAUAAUUGUUACCGAACUGACGACGAUCUGAACGCUGUACCAGACCUAGACCGACUAAACUAUUUUUCUGUGCCUGCCAAUGAAGUACACCUGGCAAAUAUAAAAUCGAUGAGUGAAAGUAUAACUAGAAACUUUGGUCAACCAAAAAGUGAAACUGAUCCUGACAGUGAUGUUUAAGUAUUAUUCACAUUUUGUAAAAAUUAUUCAUGAAUUGAACAACAAGUAUUUAAGCUUUAGAGGAUUAUUCAUAAAAUUUCGAUAUCCCCCAAAAAUUUACUAUAAAUAUCCAAUUUUCAGUUUUGCUUUUGAAAUAUUUUGUUAUUAUCAGAAGGAUGUUCCCUCUCAUAUUCCUUCUUAUUUCCAAUAUUCAGUAUGUCAAAUUGAUAUUUUAGAUUUAAGAAAAUUUGUAAAUAUGGAAGAAAAUAUGUAUUUAUCUCUUUCCUGUAGUUUCCAAAGAACUUUUUUAUUAUUUCAUGUUGCCAAACAUCAUAUCAUUUCAAUACUGGGAUGUUCAAAUAAAUACCAAAAGAAAGUUUUUUGAGGUAUGCUCACCUGAAUAUUGCAGUAUGUUAAGUUGUUGAUAAGAUAUUUUUCACUUUCAUCUGUUCUUCAUUGAAUGAACAUUUUUUGAAUAAAUUGAUAUAAUGCUCUCAUAACCCAUACUCUAUUUUCUAAUCAUUAAUUGAAAAAAUGUUGAAAUAGGAUCUCACAUUUCUACUACCAUGAAAGCUCUAUUUCAAUUGUCUCAUUCAAUGUUGUUAAGAGCUGUGAGCAGUGGAAAUACCAAUAACAAAGUAACAACUGAUUGAGAACUUCUCUGAUAUACAACAUAAAAUAACUUUUCGAUCACUUAUGACUAAAUUAUUUUUCACAAGAAAAUAAGUUUCUGCAACAUUCAUUCUUGACUGUAUUUUAUGUUUAUUUGUUUUUGUUGUUAUUUUUUAUGUUCAAACUCUAAUAUGUAUGUUGAAAUGUUUUAAAUAAUUUAUUGAAUAAUUAUCAAUAAAAAUUAUAUUUGAACAAU